GAGCUAGACUCGCGAACGCCCAUCUCGAGUGUCUCGAUUUACGCGAGCAUCUUCAAACGAAGAGAUCCGCGACAAAACGAGAUCGACGAAAGGAGAAAGCAUCGUUCUCGCGUCUCGACUUAUAUUGGUCUACUGAGUUCAUCGAUGUGGUUACGGGAAACGGUCAGGAUCACGCGGUCUCUCUCGCCCCCGUCGAUGAAGCGCCAAAACGUGCGCUUCAGAGAGGAGGUUAUUACGAUCGAGACGUAAAUCCACGAAACGUCGAGGACUUGAGGUGAGAGGUGAGGUCUUCUCGUGAGAAGCAAUAGAUGCUGUAAAUGAUACCGAGGAGUACAGGCAGAAAUUACAGGCUCGUCAUGAUUAUGCCGUUACUAGUGAGGGUGAUUUUCGAUAACGCGCGCGCCGAGCAAUCAGUCUUCCCGCUUGCGAAGGAUCCUUUCGGCGUGCAGGAUGUUAACGUUUGCGAAAAGGGUAAAAUAGCUGACGUCGAUAGAGCGAUUGCAAAGAGAUCAAGAGCAUCAGAGGAACGCGGCCCCGAUGAAGAGCGCGGCGAGGACAGUGUCAAUCUGAAAGCUGCGCCCGAUGAAUUCGAACAAAGGCAAACUCGGCUUCUGGCGAAGAAAUUGGCGAGUGAGGUUCUCAAGUCGCCACAACUACAGAGCAGUAUGAAGAAGCUGACUGACUUGAGCGAGCCUCGCCGUAACCAUUCCAUCACGAUGAAGAACUUUCCAACGACUAGUCGGACGGGAAAUGCAUUUAAGUUGCCGCGGGUGAACUCGAAAAAAUCGAACAAAACGCCGAAACGCGAAAAAGCGCAGAAGAAAGAGAAAAGCAAACGUAGACGUGGAUUGAAACGGCACAAGGAGCGCUAUCCUCGGUUACGUAAAAGGAAUCGCGUCAAGAAAGAACGACUGAGACUAAGUCCACUCGGUGAUCACGUUCGUGUGAAACAAUCAAAUAUCGCAGGAAGGUCGAGUUCGAUGAUGAGAAGUAAUAUCGCUGAACGAAGCUUCUUAGCCGACAGUGAUAUUCGCAGAUUAUCGAGAAACCGCAUUGCGAGUUCAACGCGUUUGCAACGACGGCACCGGAAAAUCAGUGAUACGCCAAUAUCAACGAGGAGCACGAUAGAAAGCUCGACGAGAGCAAGCACGAAGGAUCUCGGGAAGAAACAAUCCGGCGAUUGGGAGGUCGAAUACCCCGAUUGCUACAGCGAGAAUCACGAUGAGCCGAUGAAAGCGCGGAGAACGGGACAAGACGAAACCGGCAAUGAGAGGAUCAUCAGACAAAUCUCGAAUGGUUCAGUCCUCGGCGACAAUCCGCUCACGGAUAGCUCACGAUUCAUGCAACUAUUCGCGAACGAAAACCCCCACGCCAAGGAUCUAAACGACAUCGAGUCGUUGAAGUCCUGGGAGAACGAACGUCCAGCAAUAGCUCGAUCAGACGAUGAUAACGUUAUCAGUUACACGUCCACGUACUUGCCGGCGCUCGCCGAUCAGAAGAUCAACCCUGGAAGUCUAUAUUACAUUCCUGACGUCCCUCAAGAGGAUCUAGUAUCCGACCAUCUUCAGGAAACUAUCGACCAGCCCGAGAAGAGCGUACCCGUGGACGUGGCGGGAUCUCCCAACGAGAACCCGAUCGAUUCCUACGCGGAUCUGACACAGCUUUUCACUACUGACAAGAACAGUAUUCUCGACACGCAACUCGAAGCCGAGCAAGCUCCCAACGAAUUGGGUUUGAAUGUACCUCAGUUGUACGUGAAUCUGAGUGAUAAACCUGAGUCUCUGGUCAAACCUGAAGAAGUGAAGGUACUCUAUCCCGUUGAGUCUCACAUCAAGACCCUGGCAGGAUCUUCGACGAUUACACCGCACUUCUUCCGCAAAGUUCCGGGUGCUUUGAAUCUGUAUGUCCCUGAUGAGAGGAAUGGUGGGCCUGUGAUCGUGCCAGCGUCCGAAUAUGUUUACCCUGUUGUAUCCAUGAGCCAACCUAUACGCAAAGUCAACGAACACGCCUCGGUGAUCUCUCAGUCGGUUCUCGAUCGACCGAUUGAACAUAUUCUGCUUCCCGAUCAAGAGAAAGUAUCGAAUCCUUAUGAAAGUGACAUGAUUGACGAUUACAGCACGGGCGAUCAAAUGGUUGGGAAAGAUCAUAAUGUAGAGAAGGAGGCUGCGCGCAUUCUUCAUGAGCAACAUGAAAGCAAUGCAAAAGAAAGACCCGCGAGUGGCAAGGUGACGCAUAAUGAUCGUUCGUCCACGACUACAAAGAUGACCACGACGGAAAGCGCGGACGGCCAACGCGCGAAUGUCUCCGUGAUGUUGAAUGAGACCAAGGAAGUCGCCAAUCAGAUACUCGAGAAAAUCAUGGACGAAUUGGAAGAGAUUAGAUCGGAUCGACCAGAGAACGAACAAAUAGAAGGUUUACCUUGCAAGAUAUCAGGAUCGUGGGUGACAACGCAGGGUGGAGUGCGGAUUGACAUGAAGGUGACUAAUCGCACCAUCAACGCGACGCUGGCGAAGCUGUCACCGCCGCCCACGCAUCAAGGUCUACUAGAUCCGACAUGGAAUCUGACCGGAUACGCGCCCUUUGCACCGGGUGCGCCGUUUUCCUUGGUCGCCAUCGACAAUCGCACGAAGUCGCUGGCGGUGUUCGCAGGUGCGUGCCGAGUGUGCCAAGGUAUCGACACGAUAGCGGGAGUUUGGUCGAUCGCCCACAGCCCGCAAGAUUGCCGGGACUUUCAGAUAGCCACGAGCAUUUACAAUGACGUGUUUCGCCGGACCAGACUGUCGUCGGCGAUAAACGCCAAGCACCGGGAAAUCGUGCGAUUGUUACGCGGUCGGGACAACACGACGACGGCCGCGAGUUUAACGAGCAGUACGGUAGCACAACAAAAUAAUACGUCACAUCAAAAUAAUAGCUUAUCGCCGAGCAAGGAGGAAAAGGGAAAGACUUAGAUGUUUCGAG